CUCGUGGACAGUUCGUGCACCGCCUUAAUCCAGAGCCAGCAGCCAGUCACGAUGAACGGAGAAUACGACGGUCUUGUGGGUGGUGUCUGGCUUUGGAGUUCCACGGUGGCGGCGUGUAUCGGGUACCUGCUUCGACAUCAAGACAGCUUCCGGGACGAUCAGCGUUCCAAAGCGCAAGCAGGAGAUGCUUACCGACCAGCCAUGGUGCUACCUUGCAACUUAGAUGUGUUUACACUCCGACGUGGCGACGCUAUUAAGAAUUAGCGCCACACGUUUGGCAGAAGAUUG